AUGAGCUGGACGGGCUUCAAGAAGGGCAUCUCGCGUGCGGGGACGACGAUCAUGCAGAAGACGGGCCAGAUCGAGCGCACCGUCGACCGCGAGUUCGUCGAUGAGGAAACAAAGUAUAAGACGUUCGAGAAGGAGUGUCAGACGCUGCAGAAGGCGGCGAAGGGGUACUCGGAUGCCAUGAAGGCGAUGACUGGCACGCAGGGCCGCUUGGCGGACACCAUCGAUGUGUUCUACAGAAGCCCCUUACCGCACGACCAUCAUGGACCUCUCGGGAAGAUGAACGCUAUAUUUCCCGUGGUGAACGAGCAGAUCGGCAAACGGAACAAGAAGCUCCUCGAUUACGACUCAGCGCGGAGCAGGAUGAACAAACUCAUCCAGAAGCCGAGUGACGACCCGACCAAGCUGCCAAGAGCGCAACAGGAGCACGACGAAACGAAAGAGGUGUUCGACCUACUCAACGAACAGCUGAUUUCGGAGCUCCCGCAACUGCUCGACCUCCGCAUCCCAUACUUCGACCCGAGCUUCGAGGCGAUGAUCCGCAUGCAGUGCAAAUUUGCCGAGGAGGGGUACGAGAAGCUCGGCGGCGUGCAGCGCUACUUCGCGGACCAGGUCCGAGACGACUACGCCGCGGGUCAGCUUGACGCGCAGGUCGAGGGGAUUCUGCAGGAGAUGAGGGAGCUCACGAUCUGCGGUGCGAGCUGA